AUGCAGAAUGUCCCCACACUGUGGCCACAGCCCCCUGGGGGUUGGCAGUCAGGGGACCGAGCUACCUGGUUUGGCCUCUACUACAACAUCUCAGGUGCUGGGUUUUACCUGCACCCCAUAGGGUUGGAGCUGCUGGUAGACCACAAGGCCCUGGACGCUGCCCACUGGACCAUCCAGAAAGUGUUCUUCCAAGGCCGCUACUACAAGAGUCUGGCUCAGCUGGAGGAGCAGUUUGAGGCUGGCCUGGUGAACAUGGUGCCGAUCCCAGACAAUGGCACAGGUGGGUCCUGGUCCCUGAAGUCCCAGGCGUCCCCAGGUCUGGCUCCCCCUCUGCAGGUCCAUCCCCAGGGCCCCCGCUUCAGUGUCCAGGGGAGUCGAGUGUCCUCCUCCUUGUGGACUUUCUUUUUUGGCCUUGGAGCUUUCAGUGGCCCGAGGAUCUUUGACAUCCGCUUCCAAGUGGAGAGAGUGGCCUAUGAAGUCAGCAUCCAGGAGGCCUUGACCAAUGGCGGCAAUUCUCCUCCUGCUCUGGGAAGCCAGUAAGCUGGUGGCUCUGGCUUGGGCCACUUCUCUUCACCCCUGACCCGUGGGGUGGACUGCCCCUACCUGGCCACCUAUGUGGACUGGCACUUCCUUCUGGAGUCCCAAGCCCCCAAGACAGUACGAGAUGCCUUUUGUGUGUUUGAACAGAACCAGGGUCUCCCCCUGAGGCGACACCACUCGGAUAUCCACUCCCAUUAUUUUGGGGGCCUCACGGAGACAGUGCUGGUCAUCAGAUCCGUGUCCACCUUGCUCAAUUACGACUACGUGUGGGACAUGGUCUUCCACCCCAGUGGAGCCAUAGAAGUCCAGUUCCAUGCCGCUGGCUACAACAGCUCAGCCUUCCUCUUUGGUGCUGCCAGAAGAUAUGGGAAUCGGGUUCGGGAGCACCCACAGCGCCCACUUCAACAUGGAUCUGGAGGUAGGAGGUAA